AUGAGCCGUCCCGGAACGAGUUCUGGCCAACGCCCUGGCACGGGUCAACGCCCCGGCACCGGCGGUGGUGGCCUUGCACCCGUAUCGGGUCGGCCUGGAACGGGUCAGGGUCUCAACCCCAUUACGGGAGCUCGACCUGGAACGGGGCAGCGUGGAAUGCUCACCUCUGCUUCGGGUGGUCGACCUCUUACUGGUAGACUUGGAACGGGGCAGCAAGUACCCGCGACACCAGGCCAAACCGCUGGAUACGGCAUCAGUCUCAAUACGGAGGUGAACGUGUCCGAUAGACCCGUGACUCAACAGGGUAUGAUGGGAAUGCGUGUUGGCACUGCCGGACCUGGUCGACAGGUCCAAGACGCGUCGUUCUUUAAAGGAAAGCUACAUAGUAAGACAGCAGAGAUCACGAGUGAGAUCGAGAAGCUACAGCGAGAAAUUGAGCAGGACGCUAAGGAUAAGGCGCAAUGUGCUCAACUGGAGCGUAAAUACGAGACUAUGGCGCUCGAAGUGCGCGACUUGGAAGGCCAAUUGGCCGACUAUAACUUGGCAAUGGACAAGAUGCGCAGCGCCACGGACCCGGCCGAGAUCCGCCAGGUGCAGGAGCAAUUGCAUCAACGCAAUGCUAAAGAAGCGGAAGACGUGGAUCGGGUCUUCUUGAUGAAUAAAGAACAGGAGAAGAGUGUGAACGUGUCCGAUAGACCCGUGACUCAACAGGGUAUGAUGGGAAUGCGUGUUGGCACUGCCGGACCUGGUCGACAGGUCCAAGACGCGUCGUUCUUUAAAGGAAAGCUACAUAGUAAGACAGCGGAGAUCACGAGUGAGAUCGAGAAGCUACAGCGAGAAAUUGAGCAGGACGCUAAGGAUAAGGCGCAAUGUGCUCAACUGGAGCGUAAAUACGAGACUAUGGCGCUCGAAGUGCGCGACUUGGAAGGCCAAUUGGCCGACUAUAACUUGGCAAUGGACAAGAUGCGCAGCGCCACGGACCCGGCCGAGAUCCGCCAGGUGCAGGAGCAAUUGCAUCAACGCAAUGCUAAAGAAGCGGAAGACGUGGAUCGGGUCUUCUUGAUGAAUAAAGAACAGGAGAAGAGUGUGCGUACGAUGGAGACUGAGAUGACGGAGAUCCACGGCAAACAUCAGGACAAGAUCAACCAAUUGGCACCGCAGAAGCUGCAGCGUUAUAAGGAGUUACUAGAGGAACAUCAUCAAUCCGAAGUGGAGAUCGAGGCUCGAUCCCAGGAACUGGAACUGGUCAUGCACGCGAUCCACCAGAAGGAAGCCGAGCUGAGCUCCGACCGCUACAGGGACGAGUACGAAGCUCUGGAGCGUCAAGUUCGCCGUCUCCAGAAGGAGCGCGACGCUGCGGCUGAAGACGCCAAGACGGCGCAGAUGGAUCCGAACGAAGCUCGUGCGGUGUUGCUAGCUAAGGUGAAGGACGACAAGGCCAAGAUGGAGGCUCUAGAAGGCGUAUUACAGUCCGCAGCAGCCGAGAAACAGGAGCUGACCAAAGCGUUGGCUGACGUUCAGAGCGAAUUGGACGAACGUGCAAGCGGUAGCGACCCAGCUCACAAAUACGAGGCCUUGUUCGCUAAAGACAAGGAGAUGACGACGUUUUUAGAGCAAUUCCCAGCUAAAAAGGAGGCCGAGAUGCAAGCUCAACAUACAGCUCAAGGCGUGAUCGUACAGUUGCUGGAGCACAUUUCAGCAGGUAUGGCCAAGGAGGAUAAACUACCGGGUACGAACGCUGCAAACCUCGAAGAAAUGCGACGCGACUUGACGUUUAAAGAGCGACAACUCGAGUCUUCCGUCACGACCAAGCAGCGCUUGACUAUGGAGCUACAAAAGCGCCAAGCUGAGCUUGAUAAGGUCAAUACAUUGGACGCCAAGAUCGCGCUGGAACUCAGUAGUCUGUUGCAGAAGAUGGACACUAUGACGACCGACAUGGUCGAGUUCGGGAAGAUCGACUCGCUCCAGGAAGUGCACGCACAGACCAAACAGCAUUUGCUGCGUUUGAAGAAGCAGUACAUUGGCCGUCGCGAUGCUAUGCGCCAACAGGUCACGGCAUUGAGCACUCAACUGGAGAAUUUGGUGCACGAGACAGCUCAACAGGAGACAGCCAAGAAUUUGGACGCACUGGAGCAGAAGCUGCGUCAUCAUGAGCAGAACAUUUUCCACUUGAAGGAAUACAUCGACUCCAAGUCCAGAGAGGUCGACUACGAACACCUCAAACAAGAUUGCUUCCGUACGCUCCAGGAACUCAACACGCUUCAUGUGGCGCAGCAACAGCGUCAGCAGCAGCUCAACCUUGGGAUCGCAGGAGGACUUUAAAAAAAAUUAGGCCAUGGAGACUUGUAUGAGUUAGAAAGGUUUAAUAUCAUUUGCAUUUGCUAC